AUGCCUGUCCGCAUCACCUCCAACUCUCAUCCCCAGAUCUUUCUCAGCACUCCAUCUGCACGUCAACUGCUGCUGAAGUACUCCCAGUACCACAUCUCUGCGCCACUCACCACUGCACUUCGUACGGGCGCCCACGCUCUGAAUGUCGAGCCUGAAUUCAGUGGCGCUGCGGAAUUUUGGGUAGAGAAGCUGGAAGACUUCGGGGCGAUCUUCACGGAUCCGGUCUAUCUCAAGGAUGUUAUUCCAGACGAGGAGAGCUUCCUCAAACGAAGCGAGAGUGUCAUGUUUGUGGGAGAGGAGCAAGUCAAGUUCGUGGCAGGUCGAUAG